AUGGCAACAGAAAAAGUUCGCAGAGGAGUUACCCAACUAAUUGAUAAACAACGAACAGUAAUGAUAAAACAACUUAAUUCAAUAAAAACAGAAAUUGAUUCUCAUCAAAAAGAUCAAAAUUUUAACGAAAUUGAUAUUGAUCAACUUAAUCAAAAAAUCAAUGAAAUACAAGAAACGCUUCGACAGUUUAUUGAAAAAGGUGUAAAUAAAGCCAUUAUUGUUGAUCAUGACAAAAUUGAUUGGGAUCGAGUAAUUUACGUUCAAGAAGAUCUAGAAAGCGAUAUAGCAAUGUUUAAAGAUUUUAUUGAUGGAAUAAAACCUGGUGAAAUAAUAGAAAAACCAUGGCAAUUUGAUGAAAAUCGACCUGAUAUCAAACCGAUACCUAUCAAAGAUUCAUCUACUGAUUAUGAUUGUUGGGACGAGGAUCAUGUUCGUAUGCCUUGCUCAAAACAUUAUGCAUAUGUAUAUUCUAAUGAUAAACGUGCUCGUUUCAUGUAUGAUACUCUUCCUAAGAUUUGUAACCUUGCAUUGAACCUGAAGUUAGUUUGCACUCAGUCACCACCUUUGUUAAAAAUUGGAACAAAUCGUUCAGUUACUAUGUCACAAGAACAAGCAGCAGCAUUGUUAGCUUGUGCAUUUUUCUGUUUAUUUCCAUAUCGGACUUAUCCGUCCGCAAAAAAAGAAUAUGAACAUUUUCAAGAUCCAAAUUUUGAAACAUUAUAUCGAGAUGUACGUCAAAACAAAAUCGAAAAACUCAAGUGUAUUUUACAUUAUUUUAAUCGUGUUACAGAACAUAUGCCAAAUGGUGUAAUAACUUUUCAACGUGUUGCAUUACCCAAACAUCGUUUCCCAUCGUGGCAUGAACUAAACACAGGUCUCUGUGAUCUGACCAUGACAACAGGUAAAAAAAUUGAAGAUAUCAAGAACGUAUUACAAGUUGAUUUUGCCAAUAAAUAUAUUGGAGGUGGCGUUUUAGGUGGCGGCUGUGUACAAGAAGAAAUUCGUUUCACUAUCUGCCCUGAAAUGCUAGUUAGUUUACUUGUUUGUGAAGUCAUGGACAACAAUGAAUGUAUCUUUCUUAUUGGUUGUGAACGCUAUUCAUCAUACAAAGGCUAUGCUGAUUCAUUUGAAUACGCUGGAGAUUAUCAAGAUAAUACACCCAGAGAUGGUUGGGGUCGGAAAUGGUGUCAUGUAAUAGCUAUGGACGCGGUCUAUUUUCGUAAUCCAUCAGACCAAUACAAUAUGAAAGUUGUCGAACGUGAAUUACUGAAAGCCUACACGGGUUUUCGUCCGAUAGGAGAUGGAGCAGAUUACAAAUUUGGUAUUGCUACUGGAAACUGGGGUUGUGGAGCUUUUAAUGGCGAUAAACAAUUGAAAGGUAUCGGUUGA